CGCGUCACAGUAAUACGAGUCCGCGUUGAACUAUCGGUAAGGGCAAUCGGUCGACGCGAGAUUGCCACGGAACAAGUUCGUUUUUGACAAAAAAUGCCUAAAAAAUCUGCGUCGAUAGAAAAGGUUCGAGGAGUAUACAUCCACGAUACGAUAGGAAAAGAUCCGCAGGGUUCAAGGGAACAAAUCGACAUUUUAUCGAGACCGAUACAACGUUUGCAAGUACUUCAGCAGCGAAAAUUGCAAAAAAGAGUCCGGAGUUUGAAGUUAAAAUCGAUCAAACAUUCAACUAUAUUUUGAUAGAAUUUUGUUUAGUUUUCGGCGCUCUGCAACAAUUACUGAAGUGUAAAAAGUGCAAUAGUGAUGUGAAAUUUUAUAAAAAAUCAAUUCGAGGAUUAGGAUUUAAAAUUUGUGUUGAUUGUAUGUGUUCGGGUCCAGCAGAGAUCAAUUCUUGUCCGCUGAUAAACAAUGCGUACGAAAUCAACCGUCGUUUCUAUUUUGUCAUGCGAAUGCUCGGCAUCGGCAUACAUGGUAUCAGAAAUUUUACCGCUUUGAUGGAUCUGACAUCAACUUUUAAUAGCACAACCUAUUAUGGGAUCCUGAAGACGCUCCACAUUGCUGUAAAAACGAUCUACGAAGCCGUUAUCCGAAAAGCAGGCACCGAAGAAAAGGAAACAAAUUUGGAAGCGGAAAAUCGAGCAGCUAUACUCACGGUGUCUGGUGAUGGAUCUUGGUCGAAGCGCGGUUUUUCUUCGCGCAUGGUUAUCGUGUCUGUUAUAGGAAAAUAUACGAAUAAAGUCCUGGACGUUCCGGUUAAAUCAAGCAUUUGCAAGGCUUGCUUAUUUUGGAAGGGAAAAGAGCGUACUGGCGGGUUCGAGGCAUGGAAGGCGACACACGAAUCAGAAUGCAACGUGAAUCACGAAGGCAGCGCUGGAAAAAUGGAGGUCGAUGGCAUGAUCGAAAUUUUUAAGAGAUCUGAUGAAUUUCAUAGUGCAAAAUACGGAUUUUAUAUAGGGGACGGAGAUACGAAAACAUUCAAAAUGUUAUUAGAAGCCAAGCCUUAUGGUGACGAUCUCACCGUCAAAAAAAAGGAAUGCGUUUUACAUGUGACAAAACGUAUUUAUAAAAGGGGAAACGAAGCAAGGAAAAGGUUGAUUCAAUUAAGGAAAGCCAAAAAGCAAAUUGCAAACAAGCAAAUGAAAAAACAAGAGAAAAAAGGAACUCGUUCGAGUACUUCAAAAGCAGAAAAAUCUGCUAAAACCGAACCAAAAAAAGCGCAAUUGACGCUAAAGCUAUUAACCAAUCUUUCAGAAUAUUAUGGCUUAGCAGUUCGUCGAAACUCCGAUUCAAUUGAAAAUAUGAGGAAAGCAAUAUGGGCGACAUUUUACCACAAAAGCUCAAUUGAUGCAAAUCCCCAGCAUGAGUGUUGCCCUUCGGGAGGAGAUUCGUGGUGCGAAUGGCAGAAAGCUGAAGCUAAUGGAUGUCUAGACGAAUAUUAUCAUCCACCAGCGCUCGACGACGAUGUCUAAGAGGUUUUAAAGCCAAUUUACGAAGACUUGACCACAGAAGAUUUAUUAGAGAGAUGUACGGGCGCAAACACGCAAAAUAACAAUGAGAGUUUUAAUCAUUGCGUGUGGCAACUCGCUACCAAACACAUAUUUUCUGGGAAACAAACUGUGGAAAUCGCGACAUAUUGUGCAGAUUGCAUGUUCAACGAAGGGUAUGACCCAAUAUUGAAAAUCCUGGAGACAAUGGGGGUCACCAUAGGGCCGGUAGCCGCGGACUUCGCUGCUAAAUACAGGACGGAGCGCAUCGCAACUGCGGAACGCCGAAGCUCUCUGGCCAGCAAAGAAGCCAGAACAGCUCGUCGAACCGAAAGUUCCGCAGAAAAUGAACAAUUUGAGGAAGCAGAAGGAAUAUUGUAUGGGCCUGGCAUCGCCGAUUGAUCAUCAAAUUUGCGGCCGCAAUCAUGGCCACCAUAAGAGACCUUUUUUUUCACCGCACUUUUCUAUGCAUUAAGAUAAUGUUAAACAAUAAAUGAAUCCACUUAAAAAAAAUCAUUUUAUAUUCUUCAUUAAUGCCUUGAUUUGUAAAAAAAAAAUCAGACCGAUUAGCUUAUCCUGACGAUAAAAAAAAAUCGCGAAAAUCUGUUAUUUUUCGGGCGAUCACACUGUGA